GGGUCAGCUGUUUACCCACCAAGUGCCCUCAGCCAUGGUUAUGGUGACUUGGAUACAAUGUCCGACAUGGCUACCAGGAGCCCACUCUGUUAAGAUGGUGGUUUGGAGGGGUGGGAGUGCAGUUAAGAGUGGUCUUGUGAGUAGAGCACUCUCUAAAAGGUUGUCCACUAUAUGAAGUGGGCAGCCCACUCUUGCAGUGGUGUAACUGUGAUAAAGGAGGGAGAAAUAACUGAGCGCUAAAAUGAAACUUAAGACCAGCACAGCCUGCCCAUAAAGCUCAUAGUACAGUAUCUACUGCCAAAUAAAGUCAAUGAAGCCCACCCCUCCCACUUUCGUCCAUCUUCCCCAGGCUGCCUAGUGCUGUCUUCUCUCCCCUGUAAAAUGUUUGGUUUAUGGUUUGCCCCAGCCACACCCUCUAAAGAGAUAGCUUAUGCUGAAGGAACUUCCUCAAAUCAUAGCACUCUACCCAAACGAUCUAUUCACUUAAUUAGUCUGGGUUAAACACUGUCACUAAAAGUUAAGGGGAAGUUGAAGGGGAAUGCCACCUCUUUGAGUUGGAAGAAGGCAGAAAAGAAGAUAUAAAAAGUGAAGUCUCAUACUCGGAUUUUUAACACAAAGGAAAGGAAUUGUCCUUCAGCAGGUUGUGACAAUAAAUCCACAAUCUUUUACAAUCAGCAGUUUGGAGACCUAGGCACAUCAGCAGCCUCUCCUCAGUGUGUUUUGCAAACAUCACGGGAGAACCCUUUGUGUGGGGCAACUGAAUUGUCUUCUGCUCUAACCUCGUGUGUGCUGGAAGGUACCCGGGUCUCACGUGGUGUGAAUCUUCCAUCAUAAGCAGCAGGAGCCAUGGAUCAUACAAUAAAGUGGAGAACACCAUCAUCCAAAUUCUCAUACUUCAAGCUCUUUCAGCUAUUGGUGCUGGCUGGUCUUUUUGACUUCUGUUUCUGUUCAGGCAUCACCCAGGUGACCAAGACAGUGAAAGACGUAGCAGUACUAUCCUGUGGUUACAACAUUUCCACUGAUGAACUGACAAGAGUUCGCAUCUACUGGCAAAAAUAUCAUAGUAUGGUGCUGGCUGUUAUAAAUGGAAAAGUGCAAGUGUGGCCCGAGUAUGAGAACCGUACCUUCACCGACAUCUCCAAUAACCUCUCCAUUGUGAUCCUGGCUCUGCGCCUGUCGGACAGUGGCAGGUACACCUGUGUCAUUCAGAAGACUGAAAAAGGGUCUUACAAACGGGAACACCUGAUUUCGGUGAUGUUAUUUGUCAGAGCUGACUUCCCUGUCCCUAAUAUAACUGACCUUGGAAAUCCAUUUACUAACAUCAAAAGGAUAAUUUGCUCAACCUCCGGAGGUUUUCCAAAGCCUCAGCUCUCCUGGUUGGAAAAUGGAAGAGAGUUAGAUGCCAUCAACACAACAGUUUCCCAAGAUCCUGAGACUGAGCUCUAUACUAUUAGCAGUAAACUGGAUUUCAAUGUGACAAACAACCACAGCUUCAUAUGUCUUGUCAAGUAUGGAAACUUAACAGUGUCUCAGACCUUCAACUGGCAAAAAACUGAGCCACCCUCUCCAUCUUUUAAUUUAAUCUGGAUAUUUGUCACUUUACUAUUAAUAUGUGCGAUCUUCGGAACGGUACUAUUCAAAAGUAAGCUAUUCAAAAGGAUGUUUUGCAAGACGGAAGGACAGAAUGAGAAUGGGGAGAGCAUGAAAAUGGAAAUGAUCUCCCCCAUCAACACAGGACAUGCAAAAGCAUAAGGCUGCACACAACAUCUGGGGGUAGACUCCCUUACCUCUUCUCUUCCAAUGUGGAUGGACAUAGGAUAUCAUGUGCAUCAGAAGGCACAGGGUUUCCUUCAGUCUAAACAUCCUUAGUUCUUUCAGUUGUUCUUCAAAUGGCAGUUUACAGAAGCUUCAGAUGAAAACACUAGAUGUCAGUCAGCAAAUGAAGUCCAAGACUUGAGACUUGGUCUGACUUAUUCUACAUCAUAUACUAGGAUAAUCACUAUCUGGGAUCUGGAAUGUUUUUCUGUUAAGGCAGCCUAACAUAGGGCCAUGUUAACUGUUAACAUCAAUUUUGUGUUAUCCUAAUAUGCCCAGAUAUAUUUAUAUAGGAAAAACAUUGACACAUUGGAAUUCAAGAGACAGAUAUCAGGUCCAGAGUGGUUUAUAGCCUCCAUAAACGAUUUGAUUUUGACUUGCAAAGGCUAGUAUUGGUUCACAUACUAUUGGUUCAUAUUGGACUGAUAAUCUCUUUAAAUAGCUUUAUGCUAGUUUAACUUCCUUUAUAAAAUAUUUGUGAGAAAAUUCUCAUUUAAAAUGUUUUUUAUUGUAUA